AUGGUCUUACUAAAAAUCGUAGAGACAACACUGCUUGUAUCACUACUAUCGACGAUAGUAGUUGCAAUCUACAGGCUUUACUUCCAUUCAUUGAGACUCAUUCCUGGUCCCAAACCAGCAUCGCUUACGUGGUGGUACGAAUUCUAUUUCGAUGUCAUAAAACUUGGAAAAUACGUUUUUCAUAUCAAGGGAAUACAUGAAGAAUUCGGAUUGGGUCCAAUAAUUCGCAUUACUCCAGGUGAGAUUCAUGUGAAUGAUGUUGGUUUACUUGAUACAAUAUACGCACCCCAUCACCCCGAUGAGAUAAAUAUGCUCCAAUUGCGAGUUCCUGGAAGCGUUGGUGCAACCGUAUCUUUCGAUGUUCAUAAAAAGCGUCGUGAAGCUUUAGUUCCAUUCUUUAGUAGAAGCAAUGUUCUAUACCUCGAUCCAAUGAUCACUGCAAAAGUUCAACAGCUUUGUGAUGUUAUUUCUUCUCAUACUGUUGAUAAAUCGCCGUUAAAUCUUUCGGAUAUAUUCUUUGCAUCUUUUUAA